UUGGCUCAUAAAAAUCCUUAAUUACACAGCAAUCUUCAAAGAGGUAAAUUACAAGGAUCUCAGACUUCACUUGUAAGUUGGUUGACUUUUCUCCAUAGCAAGUGUGAAGUGUGUCUUAGUCAUUGUUUAAGUGCAGUUUAAGUGCAGAAAAAAUGGGGAAACUAGACCCAAAGCUCCAGAAGCAAGGAUUUCAAACCAAGUGGUUCCAGACCUGAUUCAGUAAUGUGGCCUGAACACACCCAAAGAGUUGUUGUCAAAGAAGGAAUGAAAUGCGUCCCUAUGGCCUGCGGCAGAGUAUUCAAUGUCCUAAGAAAUAUGGGGAGACUAUUAAAGAGAGGAAACCAGUGCUGGCCACAAAUUAUGAUUUGGACAUUGUGUGUGGGCAGAGUGAAGUAGACUCCCAUAAACCACUACAUGACAGGUAUUUAAGGAACGCUGCCAUUGUUCCAGAUCUCAACCUGCCCCACAGCGACAGAGUCCUAGCUGCUGAAGAGAGGGCCUCCAGCAGCGUGUCAAGUAGCCAGCCAGGACUUCUGAUGAUCCACGGCUUCACAGUACCAGAGUACCAGCAGACAUAUCACUCAGUGGUGGAUCCGCUGCUCUUCAGGCCGUGUGGGAAGCUCGCAGCCUACAGUUUGGAGCUGGGCCGUAACAUUAAGGAGCAUCUGUUUAAAGAGCUGGCCUACCCGACGCUUCAGAUUUCAGAGCAGCCAAAUGGAAAGGUGGAGGUCAUGGAGAGAUUUUGUGUACUCCGCCCUACACCCUUCAUACAUAUAGACAUUAAAGGGGAACCACAGUAAUGUGCUCCCAGUGACUUUCUAUAA